ACCGGAAGAAUAUAUGAAUCAGUAUGCUUUUAGGAGCAGCUAGCAUGUCAUGUCAGGCAACAAGGGAAAAUCCCUCGCGUCGUACACGUACUCGUGUCACUUGGCUGAAAGUUCUUCUUCUGCAGAAGGAGGUUAUAGGAAUAAGGAGAUUGUGCAGGCCGAGCAAGUUAAACUAGUUGAUAAGAGAUUGAGAAUUCUUGAAGAUGAAACAGAAUUACUCAAGGUAGCUUUCUAUGAGAGUGUGGAAGAAAGAAGAAGGUUAGUACAUGCAAUUCAAAACGAAUUUCAGGCUGUAUGCAAUGGCGAACAUACCUUCGGAUACACAAAGCGUCAACGACAUGGACUCCCGCAAAUUCUAGGUGAAGACACAAAUCCAGCAGUUGUCUUCAGAGAACUGAGAGCUUCUGAGGCUGUUUUCCAGGAUGCUACUGUAUGUGUAUGCGAGUUCUCACACAGAUGAUUCUGCCUCUCUGUGCAGCAGCCUGGCCGAUCAUAAUUUAUAUUAGAUUCUUUUUCAGGUACCAAACGCGUGGAAAUAUUUUUCUUUGCUUCUUUGGUGGCAAUGAGAUUUGAACCUAUGAUUUCUUAUCUGCUAUGAUAUCAUGUUGAAUCGUGUGAUCAUCUAGUUUUAAAGCUUAAACUAUUAUAGAGAGCACGCUUUUAUCUACUUAA